CUACUUAGCCCACAGCGAUAACUCGGACUUUGAUCGGGCGCUGUGACAAUGCCAUCCAGUGCUGUUGUGUAUAAAUGCGUUCAUCACAACCUUGCAACGCUGUGAACGUUUCCUUCACCCUCCACAAUUCCAUUCAGACAACCUUUCAUGUUUAAUAAUCUUAAAAUCUUCCCUGAAGCACACACCUGCUUAGUCUUCACUGCUGAAUUCGCACUCACCCAUGGCGGCAGAAUCAAUAAAGAAUGAAAUGCUCCAGGACAUCUCUGAAACGCGCCAAACGAUUUAUGUUGGGAUCUCUGGUUUCACCAUAUUGGUCUGGGACCACAUUAUCACCAGCGCAGAUGAGAUUGAAUUGAUAUGGAAACACCCUAAGAGGGCCUGUGAGUGACAUCUUGGAUACGGAUGUGUACUUGUAUCUGAAACUGUUUGCUAA